GACGGCCUGCCGGCUGUGGGCCGGCGCCGGAAGUGAAGCGUUUUGAGCUGCCACGUCCGAGGCUGUGAGUCGCCGCUGCAACAGCUAUGGUGUCAGUAAUCAACACCGUGGACACCUCUCAUGAGGACAUGAUUCAUGAUGCCCAGAUGGACUAUUAUGGCACCCGCCUAGCAACCUGCUCCUCGGACAGGUCCGUCAAAAUCUUUGAUGUGCGAAAUGGAGGGCAGAUCCUCAUUGCAGACCUCAGAGGACAUGAGGGACCAGUAUGGCAAGUAGCCUGGGCCCACCCCAUGUAUGGCAAUAUCCUGGCUUCCUGUUCCUAUGACCGGAAAGUCAUUAUCUGGAAGGAGGAAAAUGGCACUUGGGAGAAGACUCAUGAGCACUCAGGACAUGACUCCUCAGUGAACUCUGUAUGCUGGGCCCCUCACGACUAUGGCCUGAUUUUGGCUUGUGGGAGCUCGGAUGGGGCCAUCUCCCUACUGACCUAUACAGGGGAAGGCCAGUGGGAAGUGAAGAAGAUUAACAACGCUCACACGAUUGGCUGUAACGCUGUCAGUUGGGCUCCUGCUGUUGUGCCUGGAAGCCUCAUAGACCAACCAUCAGGACAGAAGCCCAAUUACAUCAAGAAGUUUGCAUCAGGUGGCUGUGACAACCUCAUCAAGCUGUGGAGGGAGGAAGAAGAUGGCCAGUGGAAGGAGGAGCAGAAGCUAGAAGCACACAGCGACUGGGUUCGAGACGUUGCCUGGGCCCCCUCCAUUGGCUUGCCCACCAGCACCAUUGCCAGCUGCUCUCAGGACGGUCGAGUGUUUAUUUGGACCUGUGAUGAUGCUUCAGGCAAUAUGUGGUCACCCAAACUCCUGCACAAAUUCAAUGACGUUGUGUGGCAUGUGAGCUGGUCCAUCACAGCAAACAUCCUGGCCGUGUCGGGUGGAGACAAUAAGAUAGGGUCUCUCUAUGUAGUCCUGGCUGUCCUGGACCUGGAUAGAUACAUAGCUGAGGAUGGCCUUGAACUCAGCCUCCUGCCUCUUUCUGUGGGGAGGAAAAGAGUACUUAGUUCCCAAGGAAUGCAAUACUGCCCACGCAAAGUAGACAGCUCAGAGGUGAGGCUGUCAGAUCCGAACAAACACAAGGCUUCCUAUAUAAGGAGCAGCCAAGCAGCAGGCACCACAUCCCCAGGCAUUCCAGGGCCAUCUGUCACCACCAUCAAGGCCAUGCUGUCUUCAGGGACCAUCUGCAGUCUGCUACUCCUGAGCGUGCUCUGGAUGGAUGUGGCCAUGACAGGCUCCAGCUUCCUAAGCCCAGAGCAUCAGAAAGCCCAGCAGAGAAAGGAAUCCAAGAAGCCACCAGCCAAACUGCAGCCACGAUCUCUGGAAGGCUGGCUCCACCCAGAGGGCAGAGGACAGGCAGAAGGGACAGAGGAGGAACUGGAGAUCAGGUUCAACGCUCCCUUCGACGUUGGUAUCAAGCUGUCAGGAGCUCAGUACCAGCAGCAUGGCCGGGCCCUGGGGAAGUUUCUUCAGGAUAUCCUCUGGGAAGAGGUCAAAGAAGUACCAGCUGACAAGUGACUAUUGACAGGACUGGUUCACUGUGAUUUCCUCCUGAGCAAGAACUCACAUCCAGCCUUAGCCUCCUCUGCAACUCCCCGCACUCUCCUACUGCCCUGAGAAUAAAUGCUCAAGCUGUGUGUCAAAUGUUCAAAGUAAUUUUUUUCAUCGACAUGUGCUCACUGGUAUCAAUUAGGUGGAGCCCUAAGACAUGCACCAGCACCAACGUCUUGCUGACCUUUCUACCAACAGCACCUGUCUCUAGACCUCAGAACAGCACAAGCAGUAAGAUUUUUGUCACAAGUAACCACUGUAACAUACUGGAGAGCAGAAAUGAAGGAAAAGACUUAGCAAAUGGAGGGAAAGAACUUGAGUGGAACAGUUGCUCACAAGAUGCUUCCCUCCGCAAAAAUGAAUACUUACUUCUCUUUCUCCUGCCAGUGCCCUGCUGUCAUUCCUUCAAGGAGCAGAUGCUGAGCACACUCUGGCCACUCUACUUACCAGGUGGUUCAGUGUGGGUGCGGGGUGACUAUGAAUACCAGCUGUACAAUCCACAUCAAGACCCUGCACUUCCCUGGCUCCUCCUUGCCAAGGUCACUGCAAAACUUAACCCAGCAUCUGGCACAAGGGUGCCUAGAGAACAGGCACACAGUUAUCCUAACAGCUACUACUCCAUGAUCCUACUGUGUACAUUCAAACAGAUGAGUUUAAUUUCUGUUCAUUUUCAUAGCAAGUCUACUUAUGAGAGAAUUCACAGAAAUGAAGUAACUCUCCCAAAGUCACACAACACCUGAAGACUCAUAAUCAGAGCCUCACACAUGAGGCAUGUGGUUUUUCCAUCUUAACUCUGCUCCAUUGGCCCAAUUGCCAAGGAUCCAGGACUUCAUAAGUGUUUUCAGUGCCGGGGUAAACCCAGGCAGGGCCUGUGUAUGCUAAACAAGCACUCUACCAGGGAGCUAUGCCCCUCCUUUUGUUUUUCACUGUCCUUGACAAUUCAUCAAGUGAACCUAAUGUGGAAAGGACAAUUUCAAGUUAACAACUGGCAGAAAUACAAUGUAUCCAAGCACAUGAUUAGGGUACACAGUACCAAGAAAAUACAUCUUUCUAAACAUG